AUUAGAUUGAAUAUUUAAGGCUAGAUUCUGCUCAUAUAGAAACGUAAACAAUCUAUGUUUAUGUAUGGUUUUGUGACAAAAAUAUGGCCUUACGAUAUUAUCAGGGUACUGUGUUGGGGCAGGGCGAGAAGCUGGAUCUGGAUACCACUGCCAAAAAGCUCAGGAAGGCAAUGAAGGGCUUAGGAACGGACGAGAAAUCGAUCAUCGAGGUGCUCAGUUCCCAUACAAACAACGAACUACAGCUUGUGAAAGAUUUCUACAAGACAUGCUACGGCCGGAUUCUGGGCGAGGAUUUCCAGAGUGAAUUAAGUGGGCACUUCGAAAAGCUGUGUCUCUACUUACUCCUGCCAAGGCCGCAUUUUCAGGCUUACUGUCUUCAUCAGGCAAUGGAGGGUGUCGGGACAGAUGAAACAACUCUUGUUGAAAUACUCUGUACCCGCAACAACCAGGAAAUUGGGGAAAUAAAAAAGGCCUAUAAAGAAAGAUUUAAGUGUGACCUUGAAAAGGACAUUGUGGGUGAUACGAGCGGCCACUUGCGCCGCGUGCUGGUCAGUAUUGUCCAGGGCAGCCGGAGCGAGGAACAGAUCUUAGACCAGCAGCUCGUGCAGAAAGACGUUAAGGACCUUCUCAAGGCUGGUGUUAAGAUAGUGGGGACGGAUGAGUCCGCGUUCAAUCGGAUCCUGGUGUCGCGGAGCGUUCCGCAUCUGCAAGAGGUGUUCAAGGGUUACAAGGAGAAGGACCAGCAAGACAUCAUAGCCGCCAUCAAAUCCGAGACUAGUGGCUCCGUCAGAGACGCCUACCUCGCCAUAGUUCGUUAUGUGGUAGACCCGUUGGAAUAUUUCGCUGAAUGCUUCUACGAUUCCUUGAAAGGCGCUGGAACAAAAGAUGAACGCCUGAUGCAGCUUGUUGUUAACCACUGCGAGAUAGACCUGAAGGACAUUGCGGACACAUACUUGCAGAGAUACAAGGUCGGGUUACCAUGUGCCAUACAAGAGGACACGAGCGGAGACUACCGCAAGAUGCUCAUGAGACUGACCAAUGUCUACCUCGUCCAGGCGCCUUCUACACUGCAUGACUAUGUGGUUCAACCUGGCACUGAACAACAGGCUGUCGCAUAGGGACUUGAUAUAAUGAAUGUAGUGGGAACUAACGCAGAAGUGUGUUGCUUCUGCAGGAAUAAGUCAGAGAGAAUAAGUAAUGGAAGAAUAAUCAUGAUAUUAGUUGUCACACAAUGGUGUUACUCAAACAGUUUAGCACUAUACACAGUUGUGAUUGAUUUAUGUCCAUGUUUAAGAUUCAGUAAGUGAUUACCACUACUAAUUAUAGUUACAUGUAAUAUUUCAGUUACAAACUGACCAUAUGCAAUGUUCAAGAUUUCUGUGAAAAGAUACUGUUGCUUAUGUGGCAAAAUCAGAUCCUAACAAAGUAUUUCAUUCAGCUGAUAAGUCAGAAGAGCAUUUUUUAUUUUAUUUCCAUUUUAUUCAUUACAAUAAGACAACACUUUGAUGUUCCUCAGGUAAACUUCCUAUUAUUUGAACAGAAUAAAAUUAAACAUGGACUUUUCAAGGAAAUAAGAACUAUUUUAACUAUUCAGCAUUGUCGUUAUAGAAAAGGUCAAGUAAACCAAUGACUAACUCAUAACCGUUUAAAGUGUUAGUCAAACAAAUAAAUAAGCUAAAUUUAAGUAUGGCAUAGAGUAUGGUAUGGGUUGUUCCAAACAGAAAAAAAAUAAAAUAAGUAGCAAGACCAAAACUGCCAUAAAUUGGACAAGGAUGACAACAGAACAAGACAAUGACAAAUAUCCCUCCGUUGUUUCCAUGCUGUUGAGGUAGGAGAUAAGAUAAUAAGUAUUGUUCACAAGAGCUCUGCAGAGUGAAUGCUAAUGCUCGUCUGUUUGUUUUUAAUUUAAAUAAGGGGCAUAACUCAACAAUCAUUGAAUACAAUGGCCCCUCAUGUGCACUUUGUCAUUGUUAAUGUGUAAACAAAUUUUCAUGUUCAUAUUGUGAACACAGAACACUUAUUUAGUUACAGGCAAGUUUAAGUUGUUGCAUAGCUUUCCCAAGCUAUUAAGAGGCAUAACUUUACAAUUAUUCAACCUAGAGUUAUGGGUGUUGCUACACAUGUGUACAACGUUUCAUGUGAAUAUCUUGAAGUUACGGACAAUG